UUAGUUAUCGAAAUUAUGAUAAAUAAUUUAUUGUUUAUAAAAUUAUUUAAAAAAUCAUUCCCUUUGACUAAUUUAUUGAAGUUGAGUUUGAUGGUUGUUGCAGUGGUUCCGGGGCUACCAGUGAUAGGGAAUCUGUUGCAAUUGAAGGAAAAGAAACCUUACAAGACCUUCACAGAGUUAGCUGAGAAAUAUGGGCCUAUUUAUUCCAUCAAAACUGGUGCUUUCACUGUUAUUGUUCUCAACUCUGUCCAUGUUUCUAAGGAGGCAAUGGUGACAAGAUUUUCGUCCAUGUCAAACAGGAUGCUAUCAAAUGCACUAAAAAUUUUGACUUUUGAUAAAUGCAUGGUUGCUAUAAGUAAUUACAAUGAAUUCCAUAAAAUGAUCAAAAGGCAUAUUCUUACAAACGUUUUGGGAGCCAAUGCACAGAAACGACACCGUAUUCACAGAGAAACCAUGAUUGAAAAUAUUUUAAGGUGGCUUAAUAAACAUGUGAAGACCUCUUCUAUUGCACCUGUGAAUUUCAGAAAAAUAUUUGCAUCAGAACUUUUUGGACUAGCACUGAAGCAAGGUCUAGGAACUGAUGUAGAAUCCAUUGAUGUGGAGAAGCUUGGAAGCACGUUGUCAAGAGAUGACAUAUAUAAGAUUCUAGUGCUUGACAUGAUGGAAGGUGCACUUGAGGUGGAUUGGCGAGAUUUCUUCCCAUAUUUGAAAUGGAUUCCAAACAAGAGACUAGAGAUGAAAAUUGAGAAAAUGCACCUUCGCAGAAAAGCUGUGAUGGAGGCUUUGAUUGAAGAGCAGAAGAAGCGAAUUGCUUCAGGAAAGGAAGUAAAUUGUUACAUUGACUAUCUGUUAUCUGAAGCAAAAGAGUUGAGAGAAGAACAAGUUUCCAUGCUGCUUUGGGAGACUAUUAUUGAGACAUCAGAUACUACAUUAGUCACAACAGAAUGGGCUAUGUAUGAACUUGCUAAAGACAAAAAUCGUCAGAACCGUCUAUAUGAGGAGAUCCAAAAUGUGUGUGGGAAUAAAAAGUUCAGUGAAGACAAAAUAUCUAAGCUACCAUAUCUGGGGGCUAUUUUCCAUGAAACUUUAAGGAAACACAGUCCAGCUCCAAUUGUUCCCCUAAGAAGCGUUCAAGAAGAUACACAACUGGGAGGAUAUCACAUUCCUGCAGGAAGCCAGGUAGCAAUAAACAUAUAUGGAUGCAACAUGGACAAGAAUCAAUGGGAAAAUCCUCACCAAUGGAUACCUGAGAGAUUUCUGGAUGAGAAAUAUGAUCCCAUGGAUUUGUACAAGACCAUGGCCUUUGGAGCAGGAAAGAGGGUGUGUGCAGGGUCUCUUCAAGCAAUGUUGUUAGCUUGCACAGCAAUUGGAAGGUUGGUGCAAGAAUUUGAGUGGGAGCUCAAUAGUGGAGCAGAAGAAGAGGAUGUGGAUACAGUGGGACUUACCACCCACAGGCUCCAUCCCCUGCAAGUCAAAAUCAAGCCAAGAAAUCAUCAUUAG